AUGUUAACGUUAACGUUAAUGUUUGUAUUUGUAUUUGUAUUUGUAUUUGUGUCUCUAAAUAAACCAAAAAUGAAGUGCGUCUUGUAUUUUCAGGUUUUGUGUUUGUUUAUAAGUAUAGCGAGUUUUACGUUAAUUGCAUUGUCUCUGCAACGAAGAAACAAGUGCAUUGUGAAAUGGCGUGAUCUCAGAGAAAAACUUUUAAGUGGGCACAUAAACUUGACCGUUUUUUUUCUUUUUUUUUUCUUUUUUUUUUAUCCCCCACACGCUGUAAAUUUCACGUCGCGAAUUUUUAACAUGACACCCGUGCACCAGGAUAGUUCAAUAUGA